AUGUCUUUUGUCGAUUUGGCCUCCCGCGGUCCAUCGUAUCGAACCGCGACCCCAACUUUUGAGCUCUAUGGCACUGUCCUCGCCAUGUCUACGUACGACCACCCCAAGUCCGGCGGUCAGACUGAACGCGCCAAGCGCGAACUUGAAGACAUCUUGCGUGUGUAUUUGAUGGCGCAGCCCUCCGCCUCGUGGGCAAUGCUUCUUCCCCACGCCGUUGUGUACAAUUCGUUCAUCCAGGCCUCCAUGUGCUUUUCUCCCCGUUAUGCCGUCCUUGUAUAUCAUCCACGCUUCCUUCAGCUUCUAGAUAGCUCCGUUUAA